AUGACUAUUACAGUUGGCGUUCUUGCCUUGCAGGGCGCAUUCAUCGAGCAUAUCCAUCUCUUAAAAGAGGCAGUAAAGCAAGAUUCCACAGAGUGGGAGUUCAUUGAAGUGCGAACAUCACAAGAGCUCGCCAGAUGCGAUGGGCUUGUUUUGCCUGGUGGCGAGAGUACCACAAUGUCUCUGGUUGCUGCCAGGUCCAACCUGCUGGAGCCACUGAGAGAUUUCGUCAAGGUCCACCGUAAGCCAACCUGGGGCACUUGCGCAGGCCUGAUUUUGCUUGCCGAGUCGGCAAAUCGCACCAAGAAAGGUGGCCAAGAACUCAUCGGAGGCCUCGACGUCAGAGUCGACCGCAAUCAUUUUGGCCGACAGGCAGAGAGCUUCCAGGCGCCACUGGACCUUCCAUUCUUAGGCGAGAACGCAGAACCAUUCCCCGCAGUCUUUAUUCGCGCACCGAUUGUGGAACGCAUAUUGCCACACCAGAAGGGCAUCCAAGUGGAGGAGGUUGAUCGGGAAGACACUGUCGUUGCCCCGUCUAGAUCGACCAAAGACGCAGUGGCAGAAGCUGCAACUGCAGAGAACGUCGAGGUGCUGGCCACCUUGUCAGGGCCCGCAGCCCGCAUCGCCACACAAAGCCGAAACAUAAGCCCUGAUGAAGAAGUCGGCGAUGUUAUCGCUGUGAGCCAGGGCAAUGUGUUUGGUACCAGCUUCCACCCAGAGCUGACGGGUGAUGCUCGAAUCCAUGCAUGGUGGCUGCGGCAGGUGCAAGCUGCAGUUAACAGAAGAAACAAACUGGGAAAGCAAUGA